ACUACGCGCGACGGCAUGUGGCUGAUGACGGCGGAUUUCGGGACGGAGGACUCCGCGGUGAUGGUCUGGGACACGGAAAAAGGAAUCCCCGUUCGCACGUUAUUCAAUCCGCACGGAAACCAGGGAUUGACGGCUGCCCGUAUCAGUCCGGACGCCAAACACGUAGUUACCGUCGGCAACGAAAAAUGUCAGAACGUGCAUUUCUGGCUGCUGCGGACUCGCGAAAAGAACGAGCCAGAUGGUUUGAUCUCGCCGCAUGAGUUCUUUCAUUUCAUUACCGCGUUAUUUCGAUCACGCCUCCUUGCAUAUUGUGCAACAAUUUGCGCGCAAUUUUCAGCAUCGGUUUCGUUAAUCGACACCUCGUCCGAGCGUGUCAAGGAAAUAGCUUUCGACGACGAGCGCACGGAGCAAUUUGCGUUGACGACCGAUCGCAACGUCGUGUUUUUAACACGGAACGGUCCAACUUUGAACUGCGAUUGUCCCGAAGUCAGGAGGAAAUUUAGGCAAAACUUAGGGAUCUUCAAUGGAUCUUGCUACGUGUCGAAGACGCAACAAGUGGCGACAGGAACGACGAACGGAUACGUUCUGAUAUGGGAAACCGUUUCUCCAGGGAAGACCACGGUCGACGAUCCGAACUGUCAAAGGAGAAAACACAUACAGACCAUUAGUUUACAGAAAAGCAGUAUCAACGUUAUCGUCGAUAACGGAGGCAAACUCGUAACGGGAAGCUCGAACGGUCAAGUUACUUUCUACAAUUAUCAGUUCAAACUUUUGUACUGGUGCGAAAAUCGCAAUCUCGACUCCGUUCGAUGGAUAAGUCACAAUCUCCGAUCCGAUUUAAAGGCUCCGAUUUUUAAGGCCGACGAACCCGAGCACCAUCAACUUCGCGAAACACGAGCGUCGACGGUCUCGGACAAACUCGACGCGACAAAUGUCACGCGCUGGCCUUCGUUUAAUUUUCAACAUUUUCUCGCAUGUUCCUCCACGGGUGUGACAGCUCUGAUACAAAUGCCGGAGAAGAGGUUUCACCUAGUGUUUCCUCAUCCGGUCGCAAUCGUGACCAGCGUAGACGCUUAUCCGGAAAGCAAUUAUUUGAUUGUGGGAGACGCGCGAGGUAUCGUGCGCUUCUACAAUUGGGAGACGCGCACUCUGAUAACGUCCAAGAGCACGCCGCCUCUUCCGGACUUCCUGCCGAUUCUCGAGAAACAGACGAGCGACGAGAACAUCGUCUACGUCACUUGUCCGCGGCAUCGCGAGUCCUCGAGGGCCGUCACGGCGCUGAAAUUCUCGCCGAAAUGUAUACCUACACUUUGGUUGAUGAGUCUCGUGUAUUUUCUGGAAGAAAAAGAAACAAACCGGCGGCGAAAUAAAGAGCCUGAAUUUAUCUCAGGCGAUCUGGUGGUGUGCGGUCUGGAAAACGGAGCGAUGUGGAUUCUGCAUCACAUCACGUUGGAUCCGUUGGACGAGAUUCCGUACAAACACUCGUCCGCGGCCAUCAGCAAAAUCGCCUUCGGACGUUGUUCCGAGUGGAUGGCUUACGCGGACGACGAGCUGACAGUGGCGGUGUUUCGGAGAAACGACGACCCUUCGAGAACGAACGUGUGGAACUUAAUCGGAAAGUAUCGCUCGCAUCGUCUACCCGUUAGAGACGUAAUCUUCGGCCCGGCUCCGCCCGACUCCGACGUGCCGCAGCUCUUCUCGUUGGGGGAAGAUCGAGAGCUCAUCGAAUACGAUCUUCGGCACAGCGGACCGUAUCCGGUGCCGGGACUUCAGAUCCUGCGUAUCCGUCGAAUCGAGCAGAGCGCCGUUCCUCUGUGUCUGGCGUGGUAUCGUCUCUCGGACACCGAGAGAUUUCUCGUGAUUGCAAAUUCCGAGUACAAAUACAAGAUCUUCUGCGACAGUCCCACCAAAGCGAUACGCGGCACUUACUUGGGACCGACUUACGGAGAACCGGUGCAACAAUUUCAAAUCCUGACGAAUCGUCCUGAGAACGGGAGGAGUUACAUGGUGUUCGCGACCGAGCGAGAGAUCGGUCUUCAGUUACUGCCUCUCGACGGCAAUCCUUACAAGAUCGUCGGUGUAACGGGCCAUUCGCAAAAAAUUACAGGCAUUUCCAUCAGUCGCCAGAUGUUAUUUACCACAGGCCGCGACGAUCCCUGUGUGUUAAUGUGGAAAAUCAAUUUCAGAUCCGUUGACGCGAUGGCGCAAUUCGGCGGGGAGAGACUCGCGCCGUUUUACCGUCUCAUCGAGGGCGGGAGAAAAGGAACACGUCUGAUGAGCGAGAUGAAGGACAUGUUCGAUUACGCGAAGAUACUGGAUCAGGGCGAGUGCUCGAUUUUUCCCAGAGUCGUGUCCGACACCGUGGUCGUCGAGCAGAUUCCGAAUCUGAUGCGAGCCGUCGGAUACUUCCCGACCAACGAGGAAAUAGAAAACAUGCUGACGGAAGUGUGCUACAAACGCUACGUCAAAACCGGCGAGCUCGUCGAAGAGAUAACUUUCGAGGACUUCGUGCGACUUUACGCGAAUCACAGACCUGCGUUCGGGAUCGGCGCGCGUCGGAUAAGAGAAGCUUUCCGCACCUUCGUCGAGGAGGACGCCUUCGACGCGGAGGUUCCCACGUUGACGCGAGAGCGUUUCGUGCGAGUUUUACUCGGCGAUGUGAUAUCGGGGAUUCCGUUAGAAAACAGCGAUCCGUUGACUCCGAGAGAAGCGCGCGAGUAUCUCGAGCUGCUCCUGCCCGGCGAACAACCGCGGAUAUCCAACUUCCUGUUCCUCCCGUCGACAAUAUCUUACAGAGAUUUCACCGCUGUUAUCACGGGUGUGUCGGAGGAAACUAGGGACUGACUGAAGAGGAUAAUCGGCACGCGAUAGAUCCGUCACUCCUGCGGGACGCUGUGGGGGGGAGGGGGGGAGGAAUUUUCCUCGGCUGUCAGCAACGCGAAUCCGAAAAAGAUCUCGUUUUUUUUUUUUUGUGAAAAAUUUGAAUCGAAGAUGCGCUGAAGGGAAGGAAAACACUGGCAGAGUCCGACGCUUUCGCUCGUCUCUUUGCUUCGUAAAAAAAGAGACGUCGCACAACAUUCGCGCGGAAAACAUUCGGGAGAUGGUGUAAAAAAAAAAAAAAAAGAAAAAUACGCGACGGACGUCCCCGUAAUACUGUUUAGUCAAUUUUUUUUUUAUACACACAUACUUUGUAAACAUUUCUUCGUCGUAUAAUUUUUCAAAUAAUAAUUACAAUACUUACGACUGUGCCGCGUGUCUCGUUUUAUCUUUUAAUCAAUUUGCUACAAUCCAUGAUUUUAUAUAAUGGACUUUUAAUCACCGGUUUAAACAAAGAUCGAAAAAUUAACAAAAUUUGAUUGGCUGAUUAUUCCCGAUGAUGAGGCGACCCGGAGAACCGGUCGACGGGAAAGGGGGGCUGUGAGAGAACCCCGUUCGAUCUCUCGGGUAGGGAAGGAAAGGGAGGAGACGCAACAAUCCAACUAAUAUAGACUAGAAGUGAGAAAAUUAAAAAUUCGCCUUUCGAGAGGUACGUCGUUUUCAAAAGAAGACGCGUCAAAGGGGAGAGCCGAUGAUCUGCUCUCUCGUGAACGCGAGAGAGAGAAUCGCGCGAAGAUCGAUACACAAUAACGCGGCAAAGCACAAAAAAAACUUAACAGAUCGGAGCGAUUUAAAAACAAAAUUUUUAACGUCGUCCAUUAUCGAUAAAAGAAGGAACAAUCACAAUUGUCUUUUUUUUCGGCAAGAAAAUAGAUUUUGUGUGUGUGUGUGUGUGCGUGUGCGUGUAACUCGACGCAAAUUUACGUAAAUUUUUUUCAAUUUUUUUUUCACACACGUCGUUACGCUUUUCUCAAGAACACGAGGAGGAGGGGGGGAGGGAACAAUGGGAGUUCAAGCGGCACCUGGGAACGAAGGGCUCCAGCACACAGGACACCGCCAGCAGUGCCGACAAUCGUCGCAAUGAAGCGCGCACCGGGUUGUAAAGAUCUCACAAAAAAUCUGUAAAACAC